GUGGGAUGGGAACCAGUAUUAGUUUAUGCUGCGUAGGAAAAUUCAUCUGCUCGUUCAUUUCAAAGAUUGCCUCUGAAACCGGAAGAAUAUCGCUCGUAUUUUCUUACUUUACAGAAACAUGAGCCGUGAAAGUCGCAAGGAGACGGUUCAGGUGUUCCACAAGUCUCGUUAACUUUGUUCAGAGAUUGGAAAGUAGUGACCCAACGGAGAAACUAAGCGGUUGUCAAAAUGAUGCGUUUUUUGUCUCGGAGAUUUUCCCGUCGAUAUCGUCGGGCUGAUCACACGGGGGCCGGAGCGCGGGGCGUCGGGGGGACCGAAGUGCACGUCCCGGCAGCCAAGCACAAACACAUCUUCGUCUGCAAAGUCUUGUUUUUGGAUGGCACCGACAAGGUUUAUGAAGUAAAAAAAAGCGCCAAGGCUGAGGAGUUAUACAACCAGGUUUUCUACACACUGGACGUGGUGGAAAAGGACUACUUUGGGUUGAGUUUCCAAGACCACCAAAACAUCUCGCAUUGGCUGGACCCAACUAAAACGCUAAAGAAACAAUUAAAACAAGGUUCACCGUACGUGCUGAAAUUCCAAGUCAAGUUUUAUUCGUCCGAGCCCAACAACCUACACGAAGAACUCACAAAAUAUCUAUUUUUUCUACAACUGAAGCAAGACGUCCAGCUGGGGAAGUUAGAGCCGCCAGUAACAACAGCCAUCGACCUUGCAGCCUUGAGCCUACAAUCCGAGCUGGGUGACUAUGAGCCAGCAGAGCACACAGCAGAGCUGGUCUCUGAGUUCAGAUUUGUCCCCUUCCAAACUGAAGAGAUGGAGGUGGAAAUAGUCGACAAAUUCAAGGAAAUGAGGGGCCAGACGCCAGGACAGGCGGAGCUGAACUACUUGAACAAAGCCAAAUGGCUGGAGAUGUACGGUGUGGACAUGCACCACGUCAUGGGUAAAGAUGGACAGUCGUACUCCCUGGGUCUCACGCCGACCGGCAUCUUGGUCUUUGAGGGGUCACAGAAGAUUGGUCUGUUCUUCUGGCCGAAGGUCACCAAGCUGGACUUCCGAGGCAAGAAACUACACCUAGCGGUGAAUGAGGACGAUGAUAGGGGGAAUGAGCAGCAGCACAACUUUGUAUUCCGUCUCAACACCAACAAAGCGUGUAAGCACCUGUGGAAAUGCGCAGUGGAACACCACGCCUUCUUCCGACUACGCGGACCCGUCAAGCACCAGACCGAGAAACAAGGGUUUAUACGCAUGGGGUCAAGGUUCAGAUACAGUGGAAGGACGGAAUUCCAGUCGGCCAAGACGAACCGAUCCCGACGGUCCAUGAUGAUCGAGAGACGACCGAGCCAGAGGUUUUCUCGCCGUCCAUCCUACGCCCAGAAGAGAGCGACCCAUCUACAAGAGAGUGCGGCCAAUGCAGCUGCUCAUGCUGCAGCAGCCAAUCACGCAGCACGGUUUGACAUCAGUAAUGCCAGCACCCUGCCAAGCCAUGCAUCCACCGCGAUGCCCCAGAAUAUGACAGUCAGGGCAGACGUCACGCCCUUUUUCCCGACACCCUACAUGAACCCCACUAGUCCCGCUGCACCGGCCGGACCGGCCGGACCGACAGACCCCACGAACCUCGUCGAGACCAAUGUGGACACCGGCGCUACGGCGGAGAUGGUACCCCUCUCGGCCAGGCCGGACAUGCUAGGAGUGACGGUGGUCGAGGACGAUGACAUGGUGGACCCUCUGUCGCCGGGGCCAGGCCUGAAUGAUGCGGAGCUAGCCCAAGCCAAGCUGAAAGGCCUAGAGCAUGAACCCUGCGCCAUCCAGCCCAACCCGCGCAAUGUCCGGCCGAACAUCCAGCCCGUCCCGGCUGCCGCGUCCUUCAACGCCAACCUCAUGAAGCAAAACAACCAACAGACAGCCAAGACGCUCGUCGGCGGUCAGCUGACGGCCGACCAGAUCAAGAUCAAUCCGCUCAAGGCUGCGCUGGACGAGCGCAACCAGACGCCGGUCGGAGAGACGGAGAAGAUCUCGGAUUUGAAGUACAAGUUGCUGCAGCCGGAGUCAGCAAGGAAUUUGCUGGUGGUGGAAAUGGAUGAUGGAGCUUUUCGACGUCACAACUCGCUACCCCCUCACAACCGGGUGGACCCCCCACCAAGACCGGCAAGCAAAAGCUUCUCCAGCAUGCAGAAUGUUGGUGUACACAAUGACAAGGAGGCACUGGUAGUCCACCUGAACCGGUCCCCAGAGAUCAGCAAGCUCGACGACCCCAUGGACGACCCCAUGCUGGACCCCUUAACGCCCCCGCCAGUCAAAACCGCCGAGCAGGCCAGCAGGUCCAACCAGCUCAUGGUGAACGGGGAGGGAAGGCUACGCAGCGUAAGCAACCCCGAUGCACAGCAGAACGGCGUUAGUCCAAACAUGCUUCAGCCAUUGCAAGAAGACGAUGUCACCAUCACCACCAUCAUGAACAAGACCGACGAACAGAAAAUCGAUAAUAUUGCCGCCGCCGCGGCUAUGGAGAGCAGCCAAGCUGCAGGCGGGCCGACAACAGAGGGCACCUCCCCGGUGGGUCAGCAGACCGCCGGGGGAGUGGCGUUCUCCGUCGUCGGCCCGUCGGCUAGCGAGGGCGCUGUUCAAGCUGCGGAGAGUACGCCCGCACCAAGCAUGUCCGACAGUGUAGAACUAAGCAUGGCCGCCUCCACAAACACUGCUCCUACACCCUCCCUUGCAAAUAUUGGGAGAGUUCCAUCGGUAACCACCAGCAGUUCAGCAAACAGUAAACUAGACGCGCUGGAGUCCGCCCCAAAGCAGAGCACCUCCGGCAGCAACCUGCGCAAGAUCGCCAGCCUACGACAGAAGCAACAACCGGUGGUCAUCAACGGCAACGCCCAGAUAGCCGCACCGACGGUCAGCGUGACCUCUGGAGGUCAACCGGCCGGAGCCUGGACCGGAGCGGACCCAUUCCCAGAUCUCAAUUUGUCGGCGUCGGGUGGGUCGGGAAAGAGAUGUACACUAACCACAGAGCUGUGAUGUCGGUUACCAGUUUUAAGCAAAGUACCAGUUUCUUUUCUUGCACCAAGUUCAAGAGUUUGGUAUAUCUGGUGAAGUCAGUAACCGGUUUUCAAACACAGUACCAGUUUUUUUUAUUCUCGCACCAAGUCCCUUAGUUUGGUACAGCUGGUGAUGAUUUUAAACAAGGUGCCUAUUAAAAAUAACCGAUUUUAAAAAAGGUGCCCUUUUUUUUUUCUUUUUUUGAUCAUAUUCUUGCACCAAGUCGCAAAGUUUGGUAUAUCCGGUGAUGUUGAUUACCAUUUUCAACAAAGAACCAUUAUCUGUAUUUUUGCACCAAUUGCAUUAUUCGUAUAUCUGGGAUUCACAAAUGGCUGAAACAAAUAGGCUUGUCUUGUCGGUCACAUCCUAAAACCCACCAAAGUUUUCAAGUCUUGCCUUAAUUCAACAUAUUGUGCCAACAUUUUAAAAACAUGACCGUGCUGGUCUGACUUCAUUGAGCCUUUCCGUCUAGUGUGCCUAGAAUUGAUUUCAGACUGACUGCAAAAAAAAAGAUUUAACAAAAUUGGGAUUUGCUGGGAAAGACAGAAUAGCCGUAACGAUGAACAAAAUAUUUAAAAAAUAAUUAUAACAAAACUCUGCCUUAUCACUGAGUUCCUGAUUUGAACUAUAUAAAAAAAAAAAAAUGCUAAACCCAUUGAUAAAAAUGUGUUUAGAACAAAUAAGUAAUACAAUCUGAAUCUUGAACAAACUUGCUUAAUGUUUAGUGAGCAAUUUAAGUCUUAGCUAAAACUUUAGUACAUUUGAAGCCACAGAUUUGUUCAUUUCAACACAAGGCGCCAAUUUUUAAAAUCUUCAUUCAAAAUAAUUUCCUGUUGAGUGGUUCAGUGAUAUGUUUUGUACAUAUGUUUAAUUUCUGUGUAUUCACUGUUACAAAAAAAGGUGUAAAAUCGUCAACUGAUAUUUAAGCUAAUUAGUCUGAAAACAAUUAUUUUAGUCUUCAAUUUUUAAUUGGAUAGUACAGAAGCGACACAAUAUACAGCUAUCACAAAUAAUCACUUAAUGUAAUGUAGAUUAUUGUGUAUUGUGGUAUUCAAUGUCACAUUUGUUUAACAUUCAAUACACCAUAUUUUCAUAUUGUAGUAUUCUUGUUUUUGACCUCCAGUUUGGGUUAGCUCUUUCUUUGAUUUUAAAUUUAUCUUUUUGUUUCUGUAUUUGUUUCUUUUUAUUUUCGACUUUUUAAAAAUCUUUUUAGGUGGGUUUUCUUCUCUCUUGUACUAUUAAUUACAUACGCUGUAUUCCUCAGUAAUUUUUGUAUUUUGUAAAUGUGUAUAUAAAAUUUAACAUUACUGGGUUUUAUCCCCCAAAAAAUUCAUUUUUAAAAGGUUUGGGGUUAUUUUUGUUAAUCAUGAAGGAAAAAUAUAAAUGUU